ACCCCCAACGCAGAAAACAAGCUUUUCAUCGUCUCUUCUGCCAGAAACCCCUAAACAGCAACAAUGGCAUCCUUUCGUUUCACUCAAUCUCCCUUAAUUAUCAGCAAACCAAAACACCCCACCACUACGAUUCCAACCUCCAAAUCUCAGCUCAGCCCCAAAACCCACCACCAGGGGUCGUCACUCGGACGAUUCCCAGCAGUAAUAGCAAGGUCUUACAAAGUGGUAUUGGAGCACGAAGGCAAGUCGACGGAGCUAGAGGUUGAAGACGAUGAGACCAUUCUAUCAAAGGCAUUGGAGGAGGGAGUGGCCGUUCCGCAUGACUGUAAGCUCGGGGUUUGCAUGACUUGCCCGGCGAAGCUCGUGAGCGGCAGCGUUGAUCAGAGUGAAGGUAUGCUCAGUGAUGAUGUUUUGGAGAGUGGGUUUGCUUUGCUUUGUGUGUCUUAUCCAACUUCGGAUUGCCAUAUCAAGACUAUUCCAGAGGAAGAGUUGCUUGCUUUGCAGUUGAAAACGGCCAAUGAUUGAAUUACUUUUCUCAGUUGUGUGUGUAUGUUGGAUGCCGUGUUUUGUUCUUGAACGAAAUUGGAGUCAUAGAAGACAAUAACAAGAUUAUCUCUUUUUCAAUCUUAAUUUCAUUAUAUUCUUUCUUAAA